CCUUUUUUUUCCCUCUCUUUUCCAGUAAUGAUUCAGUGCGUUCAUCAUUAUUCCACCACCAUGGGAACCAUCCAUCGCGAACGGUUACACCUCUUCCACUCUCUCACUCCCACUAAAGACCACGUAGUCGUUUCUAGCCUCCCCGUUGAGACCAUCACAUUCUCGACCAUUUACCUAGCCUACUCAAUAGUUCCCAGCACGUUCCUCUCAUAUGAGUUCAUUUCCCUAUUCAACCGCGCAUAAUGCGGGGAGAGAAGAAUCUUUC